CGGGCCGAAAAACUGUCAAGUGAGCGAACAGGAUGGGGAAGGCUUGAAGAGCAGCAGCAGCAGCGAAAACACGUAAAAAAAAAUGUAACGAUAAGUUGUAAACACAACUUUAAAAGUUACCCAUGUCAUGUUUGGAGUUUACCACGGCAUGUUUUAGUAACCCACAGAAGAAGACGCAGCAGCAGCAGCAGCUUUGGGCAGUGUGUGGUUUUCCCCUGCGAUAAGAGCAACCAGCCAGCUUCGGAAGAUGUCCGCUCCCGGUAACUCCCUUCAGCAGCCGAGGGUGAGGCGCAGCAAUGCGGGCUCCCCGGGCUCGUUCAGCCAGGGCAGCGGCAGCUGCAGCCGCCUGCACCCCAUCCGCGCCACCGUGCCCUACCAGCUCCUGCGUGGGGGUCCGAGCAGUCCCACCCGGCCGCAAACCCUGCACGGAGGAGCCACGGCCAGCCGGGUGUCGAGCCCCCCCUCCAGUCCUCCGCUCACUCCAGGAAGUACAAACGCAAAGCAAAGAGUGUCACCCGAAAAUAAGGAGGCUUCCUGCCCCCCAGACUCUCCGGUCUCCAAAGCAGAAAGAUCCAAACUACAGGUGCGGAGCUCCAGCGCCAUACGAAGAGCGUCUUCCUUGGACGCCAUCACUGGAUCUUACCUCACUGGCCAAUGGCCUCGGGACUCCCACGCACCCUACCCUUCCAGCAUGAAAGACAAAGCCACACAGACUCCAGGUCUCUGGAUUGAUGAGUCGGCCGAACCGGGAAGUCCUCACCAGCGGUCAGCAUCCUGGGGGAGCGCAGAUCAUCUGAAAGAGCAGAUUGCUAAGCUGAGGCUGCAGCUGCAGCGCAGCAAACAGGUCACCCGGCAGAGCAAAGACAGGGAGCAGAGCUCACUGCAGCUGCAUCAGCCGGCGCAGCACAGCGCUGCAUGCCAGUCACAGUACAAGGGAACUUCGUCGACUUUAACAACAAUGCCGAUGCCCAAGUCGCUCAUAUGCAGAGUGCCAAGCAGCGUGGAGGGAAUCAACCACGAGCUGGAAAACGUAUUCAUAAGAGACGACUGGGAGCAUGGCUUGCAGGCCAUGGAGGCAGUGGAUGGCCGCCGGCCCCCCGUCCCUCCGCACCGCUGUAGCAGCAGUAGCGGUGACACACGCGACACAGACACACAGGCCCCGUCAAGUGGCGAAUCGAGCCCGUCGCCCCGACCCUGCAGCUCCGACCUCCUUCAGUCCCCCGAUGGAAGUCCCUGUUCUGCUGAGGAAAUCGACAAAGACAGUGGGUGCAGUUCUCCUCUCCCCAAGUUCGCCACUUCGCCCAAACCAAACAACAGCUACAUGUUUAAACGGGAACCUCCAGAGGGAUGCGAGAAGGUCAAAGUGUUUGAUGAACUGGUAUCUGGCAAAUCUAAAGGCUUCCCUCUGUUCUCGUGCCCCGACAAAAACAAGGUGAACUUCAUUCCCCGGGGCUCUGCCUUCUGCCCCGUCAAACUCCUCUGCUCCUCCCUGUUCUCCCCCAUCAGCCCCAGUUUUCACAGCAGCAGUGGCCUCGCAACUCAGGUGAUCCCGACGCAGCCCGCGGCGCCAGGAGCCACGUUUUCGUCCUCCGCAGACCCGAGCGCCGGCACAGGCAGCCAAAGCGCUGACGUAGGAGACGGCUCAGCACACGUAGUCCUUACCAGCUGGUCCUCAGGUGUUCACGACCAAACCCCCUACAAAUAAAAAAACUGCGCAACUAGCCUGGUGGUUUGGUUAAAAUAAUAAUAAAUAAAAAAAUAAAAAAGAGACAGCAAAAAAUAAAUAAAUAAAUCGCACUCUGAUAAUCUUAACGUUAGCCAGCAGGGAGUGCCCUCGGUCUGGAAACGACAAGCGCCUUUGAGGAUAGAAGUACCAGCGUCCUGCUCCGUGAAGAUUCCUGUUAAAUGCCAGGAUUCAUGUCUGAUGUUUUAGGGUUAAUACUUGAUGUUUGGGCGUUUAUUUUUUUGCUGACCGUGGGCAUCAGCCCCUCUCCUCCCAUCACUAACUAACCUACCUACACCUCCGUACCGCCUCCUCUUAUCCAUCAUUACAUAUAGCAGAACGUCCUUUGCUUAUUCUGCAACGAGUAGAACUGAAUGAUUAAAUCAUAUGUAGCGUUGGCAACAUUAUCAAGACGAAAAAAAAUCAACUAUUGUAACCAUGCAAUAUCUGCAGAAAGCUCACUGUGUUCAUGUUAUCCAGCUAGCUUAUUAGCUGAAACGCAUAUGGGAAUUCUUACACUUUGGCUAUAAAGGUUACAGGGCGUUUUGUUUUUUUUCCCCCCUUUGAAUUUCUUAUUUCUGACAUAUAUGUUUGAAUGUACUUGUUGCAUAUUGUUAAUAUGAGGGGGGAAGCAUCAGUACUUGUUAAGUGUCGUUGUUCAUCAGCAGGUUUUUAAAGGCCAGGCCUAAACCUGUACACCUAGUGUGAUUACCCAUUUAACAGGAGCCAAGCACAAAAUACAAAUAGCUGUUUAAUCAGUGACCGAGUAACCAACCACAAAGCACAUGACUUCCUUAUUCCUCCCUUUUUUUUUUUUUUUUUUAUUGGCCCAACCGACCUAAAGCAAUAACUCAGGACGUUCAGAAAGUGAACAGUUUGACUGUGUUACCGUUCCCCUGUGUUUAUACACAUUUGUAAGAACAAAGAUUUAUUUUUAUUUUAUUAUUAUUUUUUAAAUUCCCAGGAAAAGGAAUGUUCAUCUAGACUGAAUCGUGUGAUUAUUGUCACAGAUUUUGACGCUGAGGCGGUUCAGGUAGAGUUUCAGGUGCCUACGACACAUUCCAGGGUUUGCUCCAAGGCAAACACGACUGGCUGCAUAAGCUACUUUCACCUUAAUUUGAGUUUUGUAAUGAUGUAGCAGUUAUAUUCCACGUGUACCAAAGCAAACUACAAAAACAGCACAAGGACUGUCAUAUUCGGGAGAUCAGGGCAUUUUUUUUGUGCCUGAAUUUUUUUUUUUUUCUUUUCUAAGUGACGUAUGAGGCUCUGGGUCAGUUUGCCCCUUCCAGAAACCGUGCGUCCGCUUGGUACCCGUAAAACUAUUUUAUACCCAUGUACUCAAAGUGCAGAUGGCAUAUUUUCAUACAACCUUUCCCUUUUUUAGCUAUGUUCAAGCUUGUUACAAUAGUUCUAUUUUUAAAUGGUAAAAAUCGGUAACAAAAUUAGUAAAAGAGAGAGGAAAAACGUUUAACGAGUCUAGGACACCGAACUGGCAGCGAUUGUCUAAGACAAAAGAAGUGAUGGCAAAGUCUCCAGUUUGGUGUACAAAGUUUUUAUAAGAAGAUUUAUCAAGUGAGGAGGACCAAGUCAGGGCAAAAUGUUGUCUGAGAGCAGAAGAAUGGAAAAACUUGGCCUUGUGAAGAGAUUUAAAAUCUCUCUGUGGGGAGCUCAGUCUGUAUUUAUAUCAACUCUGAUCAAUGACCUCUGAAAAAAGGAUUCAGCUAGACGUUAAUAUUUCUGUUGGAAGGUUCUGAACAGCAUCAUUACUGUGAUGUGGACCUAUUUUACAUUUAGAUAUAGGGUGGGUUCAUAAGUUACUUUUCUUCACGUCAUCAGUCUGUAUUUAACUGAUGAGGACAGCAAGACAGACUCAUUUCUGCUCCUAUUCUGACCAGUAUUGUUGCUCCCUCCUGUUUUUUUUUUUUUUUUUUUUUUUUUUUUCAGAUAGCUGCGACCAGAAUCAUUUUUUAUUAGGGAGCCAUGUAGUUUCCACCUCAUCGUAUUUUUACCUGUCAAGUGUUUAACUACCAUAAGUUCGUCUUACGGUAUUUUUCUGCCGCUAAAAAGUCGCUUAAGCUAAAGCUAGAGGUGAUGGGUAAAAAAAAUAAAAAUAAAAAAAUCCAGCUCAGUUCAGGUUUUCAUGUAGUGUCAAUCCGGACAUCAUGAGGAACUUUACUAGACAAUCAGACCAAUCCCUGCUUUGCUUCCUCAUUCCUCAGUUUUGGGCAACUUUUCCUAAAACCCACACUCUAGUUGUUUGGUAAUCUCGUCUCAUAAAAUGUUUCCAUCCUCCACACUUGGGGUUUACUUCCUCAAAGCUCCCCCAAGUUUCCUUUUACAGAUGAUCUUUUUAGCAAAUCUGCUAAUUUCAUCUUUUUUUUGGCGGGGGUUUAACUAUCUGUUCGACGUAUUCUUGUUAAAAAGAUGUCCUUUUGUUAAGUAAAAUGUCCCGUUAUCUGUGUACAGCCAUGCAGCUUGACAGGCGGUUACACACACAGCGUCAUCCAUAUAUGGACGUGCUUUCCUGUUCCUUUUGUUUCAGAAAGGUGCCUUUAUAGAAAAUUACUUAUUAACCUUGAAAAUCCAUUUGAAAGACAGAUAUGUCAUACUUUUUUUUUUUUAAAGAUUUUUAGGUUUUCUAAAAAUCAGAGGUAAAUAAAUGCUUCAACUAGUGCCUGUCAGUUUAUUCCUCUUACUAGAUGAAUUAUAUUGCGAUAAAUAAACAUAUGCAAGUCCAAAUCUAAGAUAUGUAAUUUAAUUUGGUUAUUUACAUCUGCUGACUCCUAAAUGUCAGACCUAAAUAACUUGAGAGGCUUUUUUUCUUUCAAUUUAUUAGUGACGUAAACGCAUUUCCUUACAUUAGGCAUUGGGAGGAUUGUAAGAAAUUACUUUAAAUCCCUGGUUGUCAAAACGGGUACGAAUAAAAAUUUUGAAGUAUGAAAGCAUUAAAGCUGCAACAGAAGGAAAUGGUGAAGGGGCAAAGCCUGAACAUAUGACCACUGCUUCAUAAUGUUGGAAACUCAACACACCGUUUUUCCAUUCUUUUUUUGUUUUGUUUUAUACACCCAGGUUCAAGCACUUACUUGGAAAGGGAAAGAUAAUCACCGUUCUGUGCUGUAUACAAGUUUGUUCAUUAAAACCAUCAGAAGAAUGUGCAAUUGAUUGUUGUUUAGCAAAAAAAAAAAAAAA